AUGGUGUACAUCCAAAAACGCAUGCAAGAGCAAGGCAUGCAGGUGGAUGAAGCACCAGACGAUGAUGCGGUCAGAGAGACAUUUAACUUUGCACCGGGCAACUUCGGCGCUGUCUAUCGCGCUGAGAUCACCGACAAAGGGAGCUACGAUGCUCAGCAAGAUGCUGAUAGCGAGCGCCAAGAUCAAGAUUUAGGAAAAGCAAAAGAUGACAUGAGCUCAGAUGCUACGACAGUAGACAACGGGGUUAUCAAAUACAAGCUGCAGAGCAUGAAAUGGGGUCUCAUCCCAUUCUGGACGAAGCGUCAGCCAGACUACGGAUCUAUGAUGCGCACGAUCAACUGUCGCGAUGACUCAUUGAUCCAGGAUUCGGGGAUGUGGACUACCAUGAAGCGACGAAAGAGGUGCAUUGUCAUUUGCCAGGGCUUUUACGAGUGGCUGAAGAAGGGGCCCGGGGGCAAAGAAAAGGUUCCGCACUUUGUCCGGCGCAAAGACGGUGAGCUAAUGUGCUUCGCUGGGUUGUGGGACUGUGUUUCCUAUCAGGGUUCUGACGAAAAGCUCUACACGUACACGGUGAUCACGACCUCGUCUAACUCAUACCUGAAGUUUUUGCAUGAACGCAUGCCCGUCAUUUUAGACUCCGGUAGUGAAGCAAUGAAUAAAUGGCUGGACCCCCGCCAGAAGACCUGGUCAAAGGAGCUCCAAUCAAUUCUCAAGCCCUACGAGGGCGAACUGGAAUGCUAUCCUGUUCCCAACGAGGUUGGGAAAGUCGGAAAUAAUUCCCCGAACUUUGUUGUUCCUGUUGACAGCAAGGAGAACAAGAGCAACAUUGCAAACUUCUUUGCCAGUAUAAAUUCGAAGGAGAAUACAGAUCCCCCUCCAACGAAGGAGGCCGAGUCACCGAAAGUGAAGAUAUUUAAAGACGAGGAUCGCACAACUAAGGUUUCAGAAUGGAGCGAGGACAAUAUCCCAAAACCGGUGUCAGCUGUCAAAAGGGAGCAUAGUCCAGAAGCUCCUGGUGCAGUGGAGGAAAGUAAGAAGCAAAUGGUCGAUUCAGAUCAAAUGGGGCCAUCGCCGCAAAAGAACAAGCUGCGCAGUGCUACACAUAAUAGUCCUAUGAAGAGGGCCAGUGGGAAGAAGGCGGCAGAUGGAUCACAGCGAAUUACGAGUUUCUUCAAGAAGUAA